GGAGGAAGUGACGUGAGGCUGAGGGGCGGGAGCGCUCUGCGCCGGAAGUGUCAGUCAAAUAGUAAAUAAGCCCGGAAGAGCAAGGAAGAGGCUCUCUCCAUUUUGUCGGUGCUGCUGCGUUCUCGGAGCUGCGGGGCGAUGGGGAGCGUGCUGGGGCUGUGCUCCGUGGCGAGCUGGAUCCCAUGUUUGUGUGGCAGUGCCCCAUGCUUGCUGUGCCGAUGCUGUCCUAGUGGAAACAACUCCACCGUGACUAGAUUGAUCUAUGCACUUUUCUUGCUUGUUGGAGUAUGCGUAGCUUGUAUAAUGUUGAUACCAGGAAUGGAAGAACAACUGAAUAAGAUUCCUGGAUUUUGUGAGAAUGAGAAAGGUGUUGUUCCCUGUAACAUUCUGGUUGGCUAUAAAGCUGUGUAUCGUUUGUGCUUUGGCUUGGCUAUGUUCUAUCUUCUCCUCUCUUUACUAAUGAUCAAAGUGAAAAGCAGCAGUGAUCCUAGAGCUGCAGUACACAAUGGAUUUUGGUUCUUUAAAUUUGCUGCAGCAAUUGCAAUUAUUAUUGGAGCAUUCUUCAUUCCAGAAGGAACUUUUACAACUGUGUGGUUUUAUGUGGGCAUGGCAGGUGCCUUCUGUUUCAUCCUCAUACAGCUAGUCCUGCUCAUUGAUUUUGCCCAUUCUUGGAACGAAUCUUGGGUUGAAAAAAUGGAAGAGGGGAACUCAAGAUGUUGGUAUGCAGCCUUAUUGUCAGCUACAGCUCUGAAUUAUCUCCUGUCUUUAGUUGCCAUCGUCUUGUUCUUUGUCUACUAUACUCACCCAGCCAAUUGUUCAGAAAAUAAGGCGUUCAUCAGUGUCAACAUGCUUCUCUGCAUCGGUGCUUCUAUCAUGUCCAUACUGCCGAAAAUCCAAGAAUCACAACCAAGAUCUGGCUUAUUACAGUCUUCAGUAAUUACAGUCUACACAAUGUAUUUGACAUGGUCUGCUAUGACCAAUGAACCAGAAACAACUUGCAACCCAAGUUUACUAAGCAUAAUUGGCUUCAAUACCACAAGCACCAUCCCAAAGGAAGGGCAGUCUGUCCAGUGGUGGCAUGCUCAAGGAAUCAUAGGACUCAUCUUCUUCUUAUUGUGUGUGUUUUAUUCAAGCAUCCGUACCUCAAACAAUAGUCAGGUUAAUAAACUGACUUUAACAAGUGAUGAGUCAACAUUAAUAGAAGAUGGUGGAGCCAGAAGUGAUGGAUCACUGGAGGAUGGUGAUGAUGUGCACCGGGCUGUAGAUAAUGAAAGGGAUGGUGUCACUUAUAGUUAUUCCUUCUUUCACUUCAUGCUUUUCCUGGCUUCACUUUAUAUCAUGAUGACCCUUACCAACUGGUACAGGUAUGAGCCUUCUCAUGAGAUGAAAAGCCAGUGGACAGCAGUCUGGGUGAAAAUCUCUUCUAGUUGGCUUGGCAUCGUUCUGUAUGUUUGGACACUGGUGGCACCACUUGUUCUCACAAAUCGUGAUUUUGAUUGAAUAGAUCCUCUGCCAUGAAAGCUGCACUUCAGUCACUGUUUGAAAUCAACAGUAUUCCCAACUUUUGUAAAGUUGUAUAUGUGUGUGCUCUUACAUAACUUCUCCAGUGUUUCUCUGGCAUGAAUUAGAUUUACUCCUUGCCAUUUUAUUCAUGUUCUUGCUAAGUGCAUUGAAUUAGAGUUGCAAAGGGAGAAUUUCAAAUAUGGUAGCAAAUUAGGAAAAGUGGACAUUGGUAGGCAUUAUUUUCUAUGUUCAUGUGAAAUUAAAAGUGAAAAAAAUGUUUGUCAGUUUGGUUACAAACUUGUGUUAGACCUUAUGCUACUUUAGAAACAUAAAAAUAAAUGUAUGGCUGCCUUUAGAAAUACUUGAUGUGUUGCCUUACAGAGGACUGCAAAGAAAAUGGCUAUUCUAGAUUGCAUAAAUCUCAAGCUAGUUGUCUAAAAAAUGCAGGUCACCUCAACUUGGUCAAAAUUUUCCCUUAAUAGAUAGGGAAUGUCCCAUGAUCACAGAAAGUCAUUGGUGAUGGGUAUUAUAUUGAAUACUCAAUGAGAUCAUGAUCUUUCUCUGUACAAAGCAUGGCUUUCACCAACAAAAUGAACUGUUUUGGUCUUUGUGAACUGAUGUGCAAUUAAUGAAUUUCAAAGGGAUGUUAGCAACUCAAAGAUUUAGACAAGGUUUCAAAAAGGAUAAUUAUGUGUUAAAAGAUGUUGAAACUAAAAGUUUGCAAAUAAAAAAUGAGAAACUUCUGAUAGGUCAGGAGGAAACUACAAAGUAGCAGGCUGUUUGUUUUUGGGUAGGUACUUAAAAAUCUAGUUCAGAUCUCAUUUCAAAAAUGGACUGAAGCAAAAUCUUAAAUAGCACCAAUAGCUAAUUAGUGGCAAAGUAAGGAAAUUCUAAGUCUACCCAAAAUAGCCAGCAUUCUGACAUUAAAAUAAUUUGUAUUCAAAAUACUUAACUUUAUAAAUCAUUAAUGGUGAAUAAUUUAUGUAGUAUGUAUUGCUGCUGUCCAGCAUGCUUCUUAUCUGACACUAAGACCAGGGGGAUAAUAGACUGUUGUAGAAUAGACUCACGCUUACAUUGUACUACAUGUUUAAACUGCUUUUGUAUUUAUUGUUAUAUAACUGCUAUAUGAUUAUAACCAAUAACCAUUCAACCUGAAAGUCAGUAUGCCAAUUUAGAUAGAAAAACUGUGUGAAUUAGUGUAGUGAAGCUUUUAAUAAUCUGUAUUUACUUAAUACUGUGUAAAUGGAAUAUAACAAUUCAUCUGAAUUUCCCAACCUAUUCUGUGUGUUGAUAUUGUGUUCCACAAUUUUGAAUGCCGAUGUUCCAUCUUAAAUAAAUGAAUUCAGAGAAAA